UAUUUAAACAAAUUAAACUACAUUAUUUAUAUACGUAUUUAUAUCUUUGCGUGAAUAAAUCUUUACAAUAAAUAACUAAUUAUUCGCUGGGUGCUAGAAUAUAAAACCCUUUCUUGGAAACCCAGCUUUGCCUGAACACUUAACUUUCCCUGAAAAAGUCCACAUACUCAACUUAGAACCAAGCUUAGUUACCCCACCAACAUUUGAAUUAUGAUCGUACAUACAAACAAACAGAGAUUACUACUUGAUAUGCUUGAAGUCAGACCGCUUUGCGCCACUUCUUUCUAACUUAAAAGUGGCAACCAAUGAUAAAAGCUAAAAUAUCUAACAUAUAAAAAAAUCCAAGAAAGUCUUAAAAUAACAGAUUUUUUAAUUUGUAAAUUUUUUAACAUUUGAAUUCCUUUAUAGAGCGAGCUUUUACCAAUAAGGGGUUGAACUGUAAAUUUGGACCCAUGGUCCAAUGUCCAUUAUCGUUUAGGUUGCCAAUUUUUAAUAAAAGAUUAUUAACAUACAUCAUUUAAUUUAUAUCCCCAGAAAACUAAAGAAUACGUGGAUAUAUUUUUCAUCAUAAUAUUUUCAACCGACAUAAUACCCAAAUUGCGUAACCUUGAGAGUCGAGACACCGAAUUCGGUCGCCGAAGUUUUAAGAGCUUUAUUUUGCAUUUUAGACAGAUUUUACGACCGAGGGGAGCCAAGUUAAAACGAGACAGAGAAAACGCACUGCAAUGAACCGGAGGGGGACCAUACCAUAGUUUGUUGCUAGCCGUCUUCAAGCACAGACUUGUCUUGAACCCCGAUCCUUGACUUAACUGUCAGGGUUUCAGACAAUCACGGAAUUCGUCAGAAACCUCUUCCUUUCGUUGGAUCCAACAGGACCAAUACUUACUAAAAAGAUGCCUGUAAGAAAAGCUGUAAAAAGGAAGGCGGACAAGAUUGAAAACGAUGCAAAAAUGGUGAAGCAUGAUCGAGUUUGUGAGAAAGAAGAUGCACUCAGCGACUCUGAUUCCGGUGUUGAAGAUGUUGAGAAUACCCUUGAUGUAGAUCUUAACAAGCUUACAAAGAAGGAACUUUUGGCUUUAUGUGCGGAAAGAAAAAUUGAGGCAAAAGGAAACAAGAAAGAAUUGGUUGCUGCUCUGGAGAAGGCCAAAGGCCAAACUCUAGAGGCUAUCUCUGCUGAAGAUGUUGAAGAAGAAAUCAAAUUGAUGGAAGUUGAUGCACUUGUUGAGGCUACUGUCGCUACUGAAUCUUCUGAAGCAAUCGAACCUGUUGAAUCUACAGGCACACAAGAAGAGUGCACCAAAGAAUCAACUGAGCCAGCUGAGAGUGUGAAUUAUGCUGAAUCUACAGGCACACAAGAAGAGUGCACCAAAGAAUCAACUGAGCCAGCUGAGAGUGUGAAUUAUGCUGAAAUGACUAAAAAAGAAUUGGAAAAGCUUUGCAUACAGAAAAACCUGCCAGUUAAAGGAAACAAGACAGAUCUGAUCAGCAGACUAGAAGCUUUAUCUGAAGAUAAUCCUUCAAUCAUUAAACCAAUUACCCCUGAAGAACCUGCCACAGAACCCAUUAAUGAAACUAUGGAAGAACCUGUUACCAUGACUGAGCUUGAGAAUGAAAAUGCGGUGGAAUCACCUGACGUUGAUUCUUCAACGGAAAAAACCGAUGCAGGUGGAGAUGAAUCUGUUAUUGAACAAGAAAAGAUACUUGUAGAAGAAUCAGCAGCUGGUCCAACUGAUGACACAGGGGUUGAUGCUGAUGCUGAAUCUGUAAAAGAAGCUGAUGCCAAAACAUCAAUUAAACUUACUGCUGAUACAGCAACUGAAGAGGCAAAUGAGAUAGCGGCUGAGACUAUUGUUGAAGCAGCUGUUGAGUCUACACUUGCGCAAACAGCUGAACCAACAAUCGACUUAGCUGAACCAAUACAAGAUCUGUAUGCAAUGACAAAAAGAGAGCUUGAGAAGCUUUGCAAAUCUAAAGGAUUGUCAACCAAAGGCAAUAAAAAGGAUCUCAUUGCUUCCCUUGAAAAAAGCUCUGCUGUCCCCAAGGAUGACAAUGAGCUAGCAGAUGAACAUGUAGAGUCUGCAUCAAUUUCUGAAUCUGAAGCAACAGAUGAGCCUGAAUCUAUUGCUGAACCUGAAGCGCCAAUUGAAUCACAAACAGCUAUAGAGGAAACUGAAUCCAUUACUGAACCAGAAACAGCAGUUGAAUCUCAUACAGCUACAGAGAAAGCUGUAUCCAAUUCAGAACCUGCAACAGUAAUGGAGGAAACUGAAUCCAGUGAUGAACCUAAUACAGCUGAAACUGAAGCAGCAGACAAGAUUACAGAAGAUCCAACCGAUAUAGCUGAAGUUGAAGCUGAAAAAGCAGUUGAACCUGAAACAGCUGUGGAAACUGAAUCUGUUGCUACGGAUUUGACAAAGUUAACUAAGAAAAACUUGGAAAAGCUGUGCUUGGAGAAAAAUCUGCCAAUUAAAGGGAAUAAAAAGGAUUUAAUCAAACUGCUUGAAAAAACAACUGAAGAGCUGAAUAAGGAGAUCAUUCUGCCUGAAGCACCUGAGCAAAUACAACUUGCAGAACUUGAAGCAUCUGUUAGUGAGGCAGAACUCUCAUCAACUGAGAUUUCAGGAUCAGAAAUUUCUUCUGAAGAAAACGUUCAGGAAAUCACAAAUGAAGAUAUCCCAGCAAAGGAUCACAAAGAUUCUGUCUCUGAUGAAGCUUUAAAGGAAUCCGAGACUGUUCAUACCCUCUCCAUCUUGGACCUGAUGCAGACAAAGAAAACCGGAGAACUAGAUCAAGAAGAAUUAUUCAGAAUACUUCUUACCUCGGCACAAAAUAAUAUCUCCCAAAGUCAGAAAAUAUCUGAACUAGAGAAGAGACUUGAAGAUGCAGAGGCCAGAAUAGAAAAGCUAGAGGUUGUGUCAGCUUCAGAUUCCAAGGCUGCCACUGUAGUAGAUGUAGAGGAGCUUGUGGCAGAACGUAUUGCUGAUUUUUCAGAACCUGAACCAGCUGCUGAAUCUGAACCUGUAACUGAGUCUGAACCUGAUCCAGUGGCUGAGCCUGAACCUGUAACUGAGUCCGAACCUGAACCAGCUGCUGAAACUGAACCUGUCACUGAGUCCAGCCUUGAAACAGAACCUGCAUCUGAAUCUGAACCUGAUCCAGUUGCUCAGUCUGCACCUGUAACAGAGUCAGAAGCAAUGCCUGAGACUUUUGAAGAUUUUGAAUCUAAAUCUAACUCUGUGAAUGUUCCUCCUGAAGGAACUGAGGAGGCCCAGGAAGAUGAUAUUACAACAAAGAUUGAGAACAUGAACAAAGCAGAGUUCAGAGCAACAAGGAAGAGGGCUAAGGCUAGUGGAAGUUCUCAGAGCCAGAGACAAGUGCGGGCAAAAAGAUCUAAAAUAUAAAAUGUUUUUUUUAAGUAUUAACAAUUGAUUUAUGUACAUAUCCUUUUAUUUUCUAAUCUCACUAUUAAAGGGAGUGUUUGCGAAAAAUGAAAGGGGACGUAUUGGAGGAUAUCGAUAUUGAUCACUACUUUUUUACUUCUAUCUGAUUCGUCUAGAAGGAGAAAUGGUUUUAAAUUAUAUUGAAUUAUUAUUGAAUUAUUGUAAUUAUUAUUGAAUUAUUGUAAUUAUUAUUGAAUUAUUGUAAUAAUACAACUACGUGAAUUUGUAUGGUCCUACGCUCUUUAGUAUGAAUUGUUUCUAACCACUUUCUCCUUGUGGGCGCAAAAGAAAAAAGUAAAAUUAGUAGCGAUUAAUGUUGAAUGCAAUUCGACGUUAACCUAUACCCCCUUUAAUUUUUCGCGAACACUACCUUGAAAGUGCAAAAAAUAUAAUUUUUGUAUAUUUCUUUUUCCUGAAGGGAGGGGUUUUUUGAGAGGUAUUGACUUCUUGAGUACAUAGUUUGAGUGCACGUCUAUACAGUACAAAUUUACUUGUAAUGCUAGUGAUAAAUAAACUUUGAGUUUUGACUUUGUAAAAAACUUAAAAAAUAAAAAUAAAAAAUAAA